UACAGCUGCCGCUGCUAUUAUAUUUGCUUAUUCUUAUACAGUCGACAAAAACAAACAGAGCCUUUCUUACCGGAAAACCUCAAAUUUCAUCCAAAAAUGGCAUAUACUAUCAAAUUCAGACCCAUAAUUCCUUCAACACUAAAGUUCACUCUCUUUUCUCCUCCCUUUCAAACCAUUUCCACUACAAAAAACACCAUUUCUAGUAGUAGUAUUCAUUACCCAGAAUUACCAAAUCAGUGGACGGGUCUGCACAAUUGGAGACACAGUUCCCUUAACCACCACCGAUUUUGGGGACCCAAUGGACCUGAUAAUGUACCGCAAUCCUCAAAUUUGAUUCAAGAAUCAGCUUUGUUGGAUUCGAUUUCGUCUGCUUCGUCACUUGCUGAAAUGGGCGCUGCUGUUCUUUCUACCAGUGACCCUUUAUUGAAAUCGAAGCUUACCCAUUUGGGUUAUUGUAGAUGGCGUGAAGAAGGUCUCCCUGUUGGGAAUUUUGAACCCCCGGUUCGACCUGCUCGACCCUCCAAACCUCAACUGGUUCCACCCAAGGAAAUUCCAUCUCCUAAACACUCGGGUUUAUCUCUCAAUGCAUAUAUGCUUCAUAAUCUUGCUCAUGUGGAGUUAAAUGCUAUUGACUUGGCAUGGGAUACUGUUGUCCGUUUCUCACCGUACAGUGACCUUUUGGGUGAUGGGUUCUUUGCUGAUUUUGCUCAUGUGGCUGAUGAUGAGAGUCGCCAUUUUGCAUGGUGUUGCCAGAGACUAUCUGAGCUUGGAGUCAGCUAUGGUGACAUGCCCGCUCAUAAUUUGCUUUGGAGAGAGUGUGAGAAAUCUUCAAAUAAUGUUGCUGCACGGCUGGCUUCAAUCCCACUUGUCCAGGAGGCAAGAGGUCUUGAUGCUGGGCCUCGGCUGGUGCAAAAACUGAUUGGUUUUGGAGAUCAUAGGACUUCCAAAAUUGUGGCUAAAAUUGCUGAUGAAGAAAUUGCACACGUGGCUGUAGGCGUCUUCUGGUUCGUUUCGGUUUGUGAGAAAAUGGGACGCACCCCUUGCACUACUUUCAGAGAUUUACUAGAGGAGUAUAACGUGGUGGUUAAAGGACCAUUCAACCAUUUGGCUAGAGAUGAAGCUGGUCUUCCACGGGAAUGGUACGAUCCUUCUUCAAGUGUAGAAGAUAAGCAAAAGAAGUUAUCUCAGGUUUAUGAUCGAUUGGAAUGCAUAAUUGCUAUGGAAAAGGAGAACUCGAGUCUAGAUAGUCCACACUGAUGAUUCCUAUAUCGAGGAACUGAUUGUACUUGGAGGAACAAAUUACUGACAGCGGCAAACGCUCCUGCUAAAAUUUUAACGAGCUGGUCUGCCAAUUGUAAAAGGACUUGUUAACUCUUUGAUCUCACAGGGUAACAACCUGAGCGCGAUUUGCUGUCAUCACUCUAACCUAGUCGCAUCGACUAUCAAACAGAGCCUAGACUAUUGUACAAUCUUGAAUUUCCAGCUAAGCUCUGAUAUUUUGCAGACUAGAUUGGCAUUGGAUUGGAUCGAGGAUGGCCUUUUCUCGUGACAGAACAUGGCAUAAUGUCGAGCUCUUCAGCCGUGGCCAGUGGCAGAGCCACAUAUAGGAAAGAAGGUCUAGUUGAAUCCCCUUCAUCGAAAAUUAUACUGUACAAAUAAGGUAAAACCAAAUUUUCUCGUAUGCAUAUAAAUAUUUGAAUCCUCUUGAUAUAUAUAUAAAGCUUUUAAGGGGUCGUUUGGUAGA